AUGGUGAAUGAGGUUUCUGCAUCGUUAUCGCCCGACCGGUCGGAGUCCAAUUCAAUUCACGCCGUGUCAUUUGGAACUACCGUUGACGGCCCUCUUCCAAUCCAGUCGGCCUCGUUGCCCACAUCCGAUGCGCCAAUAGCCCCCAAUGGCCGAUCUUUAAGCACAAGCGCUGCGUCCGGUCCGAGUAAUAAUGCAUCCGCGCUUAUGUUCUCCCGGCUGGCGCCAUCUGUGUCCGUCGGAGAUGAAACUCGAACAAUUCGGUCCGAGGGUGCGCCCUCCUUGCGCAGCGUGCCCAGCAUUGUCGUGAAUGAACCAGGUGCUCGUCCCAGCUCGCGGCCUGGCUCAAGGCCGGGCUCUAGGCCGGGCUCUCGAUGGUCAGAAAGAAAGUGGGGUGGGUUCAAGAAACGGUCACUCGAUAUGGAGAGGAAACUUAGCUCGGAAGAGGCUCCGCCAGUGCCUCAAAUCGAGCACUCGUUCGCUGGUAUCCCCUUAGAUAUACCGACAGCCUCUUUGGAUGGCUUGGAUAAUUCACUGAAGUUUUCCCAUCGCGGAAGUCUGAUUAAGAGUCAGGCGACUCGUCCGCAACCUAAGCCACCUCAGGAGAAGCUUGAAGAGCACCCUGAGCAACUACCAGACCAACCGCCUCAGGAGCAACUUGAAGAGCACAUCGAGAAACAGUCAGACCAACCGCCUCAGGAGAAGCCGAACGAGCACGUCGAGCCACAAUCAGAACAACCGCGCCAGCAAAAGCUGGGGGAGGAGGAACCCCACCAAGAAAUAGGCCAGCCAGCUCAGGAAAUAUUGGAAGAGAAUUAUAAUCAACAGUUGGACCGCCAGAUAUCCCAAAUUGCGCCGCUUCCUCCAACCAUCAAGAGCGAGCCUGGAGGAGAAAAGGAAACACCGAAGGCUGUCCCACGGCAAGUUAAACCACGGGGCACUCUUCGCCCGAGACAAACUAGUCUUCCGAGCAGAGCAAUUUCGGCAGACGAGGAUAUGUUGUCACGGCGAGUUCGGCUGAUGUACGAGAAGGGCGAUGACAAUGUUACCGACUCCGAAGUCGCAAAAGCAUUGGCCUCAGAACACGGAGUCUUAUGGGAAGAGGGUGCGGUCCCAGAUACCGAAACCUCUGAAACACUCACCCAGACGAAUAAUAAUGGAAACAAAACAAAGCAUAAGGCCUCUGUCGAAGUGGAGCGCGUCCGAAUUAAGCGGGAAACCCAGGAGCUAGCAGGUGGUGCUGAAUAUUGGCAAAAUAUCGGCGCAGAACAAGUCGAUCGUUAUGGCUUUAUUCGACCUGCAAAGAACUCCAAGGGCUCAGAAAUCAACCCGCUGCAGCGAGUCACAACCAGUCUUCUGCUAGCAUCUGAGGCACCUCGGCGGAAACGUUCAAUUCGCCCACCAACCGCUCCCGCUAGCAACCGUUCCUUCAACGGUCCGUCUCUGGUCCGCAAAAUAUCCCAGAGUUCCCUAAGCGCCCGCCCAUCCUCAUCACAAAGCAAUUAUGGUCCGCCAUUGCGCCGUACGACAUCCCGGUUGCGUACAGCGACUAAUCAUCUGCCUCAUAACCGAGACCGAAAAACCAAGGAUGAGGCAGCAGACAUGCUCACUUUGCCCACUCCAUCUGCUGGUGAGAAUGAAGAUGCACCGAUUACUCGCGCAAUGCGAAGGAAGGAGUGGCAGCGUGAAGAUAAGUGGACCAAGAUGGCUAAGCCGACAAAGAAGUCCAAGGACGGCGGCGGUAUGACCUUUGAGUUCGAUACUCAGAGCUCAAAGUUGAUUGAGCGAACUUGGAAGGGCAUCCCAGAUCGAUGGCGGUCAACGGCCUGGUACUCAUUCCUUGAAGCUAGCGCUCGGCGCCACAAGGGCAGCCCGCAUGCGGAUGAGCUCAUCGAAGCCUACAAUGAGCUGCAGUUCAUCUCGUCACCGGACGAUGUCCAAAUUGAUAUCGAUGUACCGCGGACUAUCUCCAGUCAUAUUAUGUUUCGGAGACGCUAUCGUGGUGGCCAAAGACUAUUGUUCCGUGUCCUCCACGCCAUGUCACUAUAUUUCCCUGACACAGGCUACGUACAGGGAAUGGCAACCCUUGCCGCUACAUUACUGGCGUAUUACGAUGAGGAACAUGCAUUUAUUAUGCUCGUCCGAUUGUGGCAGCUGCGAGGUCUGGAAGAGCUGUACAAGUGCGGCUUUGCUGGUUUAAUGGAGGCCUUGGCCGACUUUGAACGGGAAUGGCUCGCCGGAGGUGAAGUGGCCACAAAACUGAACGAAGUUGGAAUCCCACCCACAGCCUAUGGCACUCGCUGGUACCUCACCCUUUUUAAUUACUCGAUCCCCUUCCCGGCUCAGCUUCGGGUGUGGGAUGUUUUCAUGCUCCUUGGAGAUGCGGAAGACAACACUCGUCCCGCAACUGCAGGAAAGAACAAAGCUCCCCCUGUUGAUAACCCAAGGACAUUUGGUCAAGGUCUUGACGUCUUGCAUGCUUCAUCUGCUGCCCUUAUUGAUGGCAUGCGUGAUAUCAUCCUCGAGUCCGACUUUGAGAAUAUCAUGAAAGUCCUCACCAGCUGGGUUCCCAUCAAAGACACCGAAAUGUUUAUGCGUGUCGCUAAAGCGGAAUGGAAAGUCCAUCGUCGCAGGAAAGCCUCUUAA